AUGAGCACUUCAUUGCACAAGGUUUUAGCAGAAGCAUCAGUGAACCUACAUUGCAUAAAAGGAUUGGAAAAGGGCUCAGAAAUGUUGUUCGUUUGUCUCUAUGUUGAUGAUAUAAUUUAUAUGGGAGCUUCCGCACAACAAACUGAAAUUUUCAAGCUUCAUAUGAUUGAUCAAUUCGAGAUAACUGAUCUCAGAAUCCUUCAUUACUUUCUUGGCCUUGAGAUCCAUCAAAGCAGUGAAGGUAUUACUAUAUCACAAACUAAAUAUGCAGGUGAUCUGUUGCACAAGUUUGGCAUGGAAGGUUGUAAACAUUUGGCAACUCACAUGAAUGCCAAUAAGAAAUUGAAGCUAACUGAUGGUACAAUUGAAGGAGAUGCUGUGAAGUACCGGAGUAUGGUUGGGGAACUUCUAUACUUAACUCACACUCAUCCCAAUUUAAUCUAUGCAAUCAGUUUGGUCUCGCGUUUCAUGUGUCAACCCACCAUGCAACACCCAGGAGCUGUCAAGCGCAUCCUGUGCUAUGCUGCUGGUAUACAGACUUUGGGAAUCCAUUAUACUCAUGCACAUGAGUUUAAUUUAGUUGGCUAUACGGAUAGCGACUAG